AUGCCUCGCAAACCGGCCCCGGCCUACGUCCUCGGCGUGGGCAUGACCAAAUUCAUCAAGCCCCGUGGAAAAGUCGACUACACCGAGCUGGGUUUUGAAGCCGGCAUCAAAGCCAUGCUCGAUGCUCAGAUCAAUUACGAUGACGUCGACCAAGGCGUCGCUUGUUAUUGCUACGGAGACUCAACCUGCGGUCAGCGUGUCUUCUACCAAUUCGGCAUGACCCAGAUCCCUAUCUACAAUGUCAACAACAAUUGCUCGACCGGGAGCACUGGUUUAAAUAUGGCUCGACAAGCCAUCGCCUAUGGCGCCGCCGACUGCGUCCUCGUCGUCGGUUUCGAGAAGAUGUCUCCUGGCAGUUUACAAACCUACUUCAACGACCGCGAGAAUCCAACCGGCACCACCAACGCCAUGCUGAAGGCUACUCGAGGAAUCACCAAUGCUCCCGGCGCCGCUCAGCUCUUUGGAAACGCUGGUCGAGAGUACAUGGAAAAGUAUGGUGCCACGGCGGAGGACUUUGCGGAGAUCGCCCGUGUCAAUCACGAGCAUAGCAAGAGAAAUCCAUAUUCCCAAUUCACCGACGAGUACAGCCUCGAACAAAUCAUGAAGUCACCCAUGAUCCACGCCCCUCUCACAAAGCUUCAAUGCUGCCCUACCUCGGACGGUGGCGCUGCCGUGGUCGUGGUUUCUCAAGACUUCCUCGACCAGCGACCCCAUUUGAAAUCCCAAGCUAUCCUGAUUGCCGGUCAACAACUCGCCACUGACUCUCCCGACUUGUUCAGCCGCUCGUCCGUGGAUCUCAUUGGAUAUCAAAUGUCCGCCUUCGCUGGCAAGAGAGCCAUGGACGAGGCAGGCAUCACCCCUGACGAUGUGAGCGUGGUCGAAAUGCACGACUGCUUCAGCGCCAAUGAGAUGUGUGUGAUUGACGCUCUAGGAUUAUGUCCCAAAGGAAAAGCUCACGAACUGGUGCGAAAUGGUGGUAUCACUUAUGGAGGAAAAUAUGUUAUUAAUCCUUCUGGAGGUUUGAUCUCCAAGGGCCAUCCUCUCGGAGCUACCGGCCUCGCCCAAUGCGCCGAAUUAACCUGGCACCUCCGAGGCUGGGCCAACAAUCGUCUGGUGGGGAACACCAAAUACUGCCUCCAACAAAACUUGGGUCUUGGCGGCGCCGUAGUCGUCACCGUGUACAAGCGCGCCGAUGGCAAGGUUGCGACUCCCGUCUCCGAUGAGCAGGUCAGCAAGAUCAACGGUCUGGGAUAUAACCCUGCCACACAGGCGAAAGGCUUCACAACCGAACAGGUCAAGAGGACAGUCAGCCAGCGAAACUUCUCGGACUGGGCCAUUCAAGAUGUGCCGAGUAAAGUGCAAGCCCGGUUUUAA